GGUAACUAUUCAACAUUUUCGUAUUCAUAUCAAGAAUUGCAUACUCUCAGUAUUCCUGUUCAUUUUGUGCUUUAAAGUAAAUAUUUCUAUCUUAUAACAUACAUUUUCAUAAUUAUAAAAUGUGAAAGACAUUAUCGGUCUUGCAUUUGUUCAAAAUUUGUAUAAACUUUUAUUCUUUUAGCCACGCUUGAAGAAUUGUUAACUACUUAUAAGGGUGAAAAUGGAAGAAUCAAUUAGACAGCUUAUAUCUAAUCCCAGAAAUGUGUCCUUAGAAACUGUUGAUAUUCUUUUACAAAUAGGAUACAAUAUUAUCAAACAUCCACAGGACGAAAAAUAUCGAAAAAUUCGCUCUGGGAAUAAAAUUAUCAAAGAAAAAGUGAUAAAUGUUCCAGGGGCUAAAAAAUGUCUAUUUGAUAUGGGUUUCACAGAAACAGAAGAAGGUUACAUUUUCCCUCAAAAUGGCAAUUUAGUAGCAUUAAACAGAAUGAUAAUUAAUCUGCAAAAUGCCCGUUUAAGAAUAUCUGCUAGUGUAAAUCAAACUACUCUAAUUCAAAAUGAAAGUCAAAUGUAUUUGGAAUUAACACGGAACUUGGAACGUAUGACAAUAUUUGAACAAGUCCAUAAACAGGACAGAGCUAGAUCCGUUUUACCCAUGGAAACUCUAAUUGAAGACGCCAGUAAGAAUUUUCCUGGACCACCUCUGUUCUCGAAUCCUGAAUUUCGAGACGUUAUCAUUAUUUUCUUGCUGACUUGGUUUAAAACUAGUUUCUUUAAGUGGGUUGACACUUUACCUUGUGAGAUAUGCGGGGGCGAAUCGGUUGGUGGCAAAGCUGGAGUUCCAACCCCGGAAGAGAGUAAAUACAUGGCCCAGCGAGUUGAAAUUCACACUUGUAAAAAAUGUGGCCACGGUACCCGAUUUCCCCGUUACAAUGAUCCUGAAAAGUUACUCGAAAGUAGACGAGGUCGAUGUGGAGAGUGGGCUAACUGUUUCUAUUUAUUUCUCAGAACUUUAGGAUUUGAAGCUCGUUUCAUAACAGAUAAUCAAGAUCAUGUAUGGUGUGAGUUCUUUUCAAUUGCGCAAGAUCGCUAUAUUCAUGUAGACCCGUGUGAAAAUGCCUUUGAUCUACCUUUAACCUACGAAAAAGGAUGGGAUAAAGAGCAAAUGUACGUUUUUGGAUUUUCCCAUGACGAUCUCCAAGAUGUUACCUGGAGAUAUUCAAAUAAUCAUCAGGCAGUAUUAGCGAGACGUACUCAGGUGAGAGAAGAAUGGCUAGCUAAAACCAUACAUAAUAUAAGAAUUAAUCGAUGGAGAACGUUACUACUCACUCCUGGGAGAAAGCUAGUGCUUCAAAGAAGAAUUUGUAAAGAACUUUUUGAGUUGAUGAUUGAAAAAGCUACGUUAGAUUCAGAGGGUCAAGGAAGAACUUCUGGUUCUUUAGCAUGGCGUUUAUCCAGAGGAGAAACGGGGAAAAGAUUUAGACCGUACGUUAUAAAACCCACAGAAAAGGAAGCAAAAUCCAAGCGUAUUCAUCUUCAAUAUUGUCCCUCAAAAGAUGAAUACAGGAGAUUAUCGGAUAAUUCCACCGUCUCCGGAUGGCGUGAAAUGCUCUUUGAGUGUAUAGAUAUAUUUAGAAAGGAGGAGCACGACUGGAAAAUGGUUUAUUUGGCGAGAGUUCCUGGUUAUGAUUUCGGUAAAAUAUCUUGGAAGUUUGAUCUCAGAGAUGUAAGAGGAAAGAUUAAAGAAUUUAAUGUGAAGCUUAUACAUAAAACAUUUUCUGACGGAGAAGUUACCUGGAGUGUCAAAUCAGAUGAAGAUAUACAAAGAAUUAGAACUAAUGUCGAAGAUACCAAUGUAAACGAUUUCUCGAAGGGAAGGAAUCGUGUGACCUUGACGGCUUUAUUAAGCGAGGGUCAGGGAGAUAACGCUUGGCAACAUGCCCAAUUGUUUCGAUCAUCAAUGUCGGAGAACAUCGUUCUUUUCGAUGUAGAAACAGCGGCAAUGGAUAAGGAAAAGACGAAACUACUUAUAGAAAAUGCAAUUUUAUGUGCUUGUCGAAGUACUCUGGAAGGUGAUUUUAAAGUGGAUGCGUUAGUCGGCGUAACUCUUCAAAGCGGAGAAGUUGUAUUGAUAAAUAUUAAGGAAAAAAUUUCUGAAAACUUGGAAAUACACUCUCCGUGCACUUCAUCGGCAAGCACGCCAUCAAAUUCUUCUUAUUCAAUACCCAACAAAAGGAAACAGGGUUUAAAAAGGAAAAUUAAUGUUGGCCAAGAAGAUGACAGCUCCAGUGACGUGGAAUGUUCUUCAUGGAAUGUUCAAGCAUGCGGGGCGCCAGUUUUCCCUUCAACAGACUCUAGAAACGAUUUAGAAAAUUCAAAUAAUAAUAAAGCUAUAAUUAAGCCAAAUGUUAAUUCUCAACUCGAUUUAACAGAAGAUAGACUAAUUGAUGAUUUAUUAUCAGGCGGAAAAGAAGCUUCCGGUCAAAUAUUAAAAAAGAUAGAAAAGAUAAAAAAGGAAGAGCCUGAUGACAUUAUGAGAGAUAAGAAUAAACCAAUUAAUAACAAUAACAAUAGGGAAGAGUGGUUAUGCUCCAACUGCCAUAAAUCGUUUGCCACAGCUUCGCUAUUAGAUAUACACUUUAAAAUUCAUACUGGCCAAAAACCAUACAUAUGCGAUAUAUGCCUGCGAAGUUUUAGUAGAAAAGAUAUGCUGGUUCGUCACACAUUGACACAUUCCGAUGCCAAACCUUUUAAAUGUUCGCAUUGUAAUUACGGUUGUAAACGACGGGAUCAUUUAACCAAGCAUAUGAAUAAUGUUCAUGGAUUUAAAAAGGUGAAAUAG